AUGGCCAAGGGAAAGAAGAAUCCAAACUUGUCGAUACUCAAGAAAAUGAAGCGUUAUUUAUCGAUGAAGAGGAGAAGUCGAACGAGUUUGUUGUCCAAGAGCAAAUCAUGGAACAGUAGUAGCAAACCAAAGAGUCCAGUAGUACUUGCACCCCAAGGCUGUUUUUACGUGUACGUUGGACCAGAGAAAGAGAAGUUUAUAAUCAAGGCAAAAUAUGCAAACCAUCCAUUGUUCGAGAUGUUGCUUGAAGAUGCUGAAAUGGAGUAUGGUUAUAAUAGCCAAGGACCUAUUUUGCUUCCUUGUGAUAUUAAUCGUUUUUACAAAGUGUUGGGCCAGAUAGAUAGUGAGAAAGAGACUAUUGGGCCAGGGAGUGGGUUUGCCUAUGGCUCAUGCAGCCCAUUUUGA